AUGGACGAUUUUAAAGAAAAUUUAUCAUUUAUAAAACUAAGUAGAUCAAACGAAGGCUUUUAUGUUUGUAACGCGAGUAACGAAGUUAAUUUUACAACAGAAGAAAUGUAUCUAACUGUUUAUUAUAAGCCUCACUUUGAAAUAAAAGAAGAAACAAUAUGGGGCUGGGAGGGACGCCUUGUAAAUAUGACUUGCGUGGCUGAUGGCAAACCACCGCCGUCAAUUAGAUGGAGGGUCAUCAGAGAGAAUAUGCCGAUUACAGUGAAUAUAGAACAGAACAUCUUUCCGAAAUACUUUUACAACUCUGAUCCAAGAUAUGUGCUGAUAAACGUCACAGAAAUGACUCGUCCACUUUAUCUCUCAUACGAAUGUGACGCCGUAAACGAUCUAGGAUCAGAUACCAAGAGGAUACACUUCAGGGAGGGGCAUGUUCCACCACCAGUUAGGAAUGUAAGCGCGAUUAUGAUAACAGCGACAUCCGCCACAUUCUAUAUAGAAGAAGCGGAAUAUUUUCAAGGACCACAAAUACACGGCUACGUGGCAGAAUACGAUAUACGUGAUAACUACAACGUGACCAGUAUCCAUGAUAACAGAACAUGGUCAAUCGAUUGGCCAUUCACAAUAAACAACUUGAAACCUAACACGAGUUAUUUAAUAAGAUUUGCCGCUAUUAAUGUGGUCGGGUACAGUGGAUGGAGUGAUUAUAUGGAAUUUUAUACGCUCGAACCAUCGCCACCUAGUACACCAAUAUGGGAAACAAUCUCCGAACUUUCAUUAAACAAUACAUUAAAUAUAUCUGAGGUAAAUCAAGCUAUAUCAUGGAGAUUAUCAGACAACAAUGGUGCACCAGUGGAUUACUACACAUUGAAAUAUUGUCCGAUUGACGCAGAAAAAUCAUGCAAAGAGCAAAAGGUAGAAUCAGAUGGUGAAUUGAAGGCUGAUAUGACAAUUUUAGAACAAAAUACGACAUAUUUAAUAGAAUUAGUUGCACAUAAUUACGUUGGAUAUUCAGCGCCAGCGAAUAUUACGAUAACAACACCUGCCAAGAUUAUAGGUCAAGCCCGCUUGUCAGCUGGUGCCUUAAUUGGUAUAUCUGUGGUGGUAGUAUUUUUGUGUCUGCUAGUGCUGGAUCUCCUAUUACUGUUAUGGAGGCGACAAGGCAUCAUGGCGACAUGUUGCUGCAGGAAGAAUAAGAAUAAGAUGGUCAGCAAUUUGCAAACACGCGACAAAAAAGGCCUUUUGAAAGACAGCCACGAUGAAUCUGAAAGGAGCCGUAACAAUAGACCCAAAGAGUAUGAAUACAAUAAGACGACCGGCAUAAUCACGGGGAAACAUUCAGCAGUUUAA